AUGUCUGUCAGUGCUUCGUGUGGGUCUUUAGCUCAGAAAAGGAGUCUGUCAAGCCUCCUCGCUGGCCGUGUAGUAAAGAGGCCAAAGCAGGAAGAUGGCCAGCGCCUGCAGGAAGCAGCGAUCCAGCUGUUUGAGCAGCACCAGAACCUCAGCAGCCUGUUCAAAGAGUUGGGGCAGAACCUGGAUCAGUGCGACACAUUUCGCCAUCAGAUUGGAGAACAGAAACAGGCAGCGUCCAAGGAUGCCUCCUCUGUUGUAGCUGCAUCACUACUGGGAUGUGAGCUGAAGCGGCAGGCCACUCAGCUGGGCGUCCCUGUCACAGUGCUGUCUGUGAAAAUGAUGCUGGCAAGACUAAAUGAAAUCACUGAGGAAGCUGAUGAAAAACAGGAGGAGGAGGACUUGGGGAGAGAGAUGCUCACAUCCUCUCAGAGAGCCCAGCUGUGUGUCCUGUUGGAGUCCAGCAGAGAGCUGCUGUCUCAGGGACUCCUCUGCCCCAAACUUCUGUGGCAGGAGUUCAGGAGAGAUCAGAAACAUCCCAAAUUGGAGGUGGUGUACUAUCUUCAUUUUUACAACAUCCUCACUCUGAAGUACAUUGUAGAAAGUGAUGAAGGUGUGCGAUCCUGGUUGGUGCCGCAGCUGAAGCGUCUGUGUGGGAGGAUGCCUCCAGAGGGAGAAGAGGAGACCAAACUUGUUCAACAGAAAGUGAUGUCAACUGUGAUUGGCGUCUUGGUAGAAACGGGGUGCGAGCAGAGAGAUGUAGCAGCUGCAGACAGGAAGGUCUCCGUGCUGUGCUGCUCAAUGUUGGACGACAUGCUCAUCUGGCUUCUGGAGGCUGCAGACAAAUGUCUUACAGUGCAGUCUUGUGAAGGAGGAGCUCAGCUAUGGAUUCAUACAUUUGAUUCGUCGAUUUAUGGAGUUUCAGUGUCAUCCGACGCCCUUCAGCAGUUUUUCACUCACUCCCUCACACAGACUCUCACCUACAACCCUCAACUAACAGUGUCAGAUGCCAUCGCCUUACAGAAUGAAUGGACCUUUUCAAGAGCCAGCCGUUUGUUGACCUCAUUGUUCCGGAAGCUGGCUGUGGUCUUCAGCGUGGAGCAGCUGCUGCGUCACUUGCAACAGGUUUUAGAAACCCACGAAGUCAACUGGAAGCAUGUCCUCUGCUUCGUCUCCACUCUGCUGGUUUAUAACCAGUCUGCCCAGUCCAGCCUCAGGGAGAUGUUGUCCAGAUUGUUGAGUUCUGCGUUUGAAGGUUAUGACCUCGAGAACAUGAUCACCGCCUUCCUGUUAGCUCGACAGGGAGCGCUGGAGGGUCCCCGCAUCUUCCCCUCCUACAGCGACUGGUUCAAGAUGUCUUUUGGUGGUGGCAGUAGCUAUCAGGCGAACAGCAAGAAAUCUCUGGUGUUCCUGCUGAAGUUUCUCUCUGACCUGGUUCCUUUUGAUCCUCCUCAGUACCUCAAGGUUCAUAUUCUGCACCCUCCGUAUGUUCCUGCAAAGCACCGCGGCCUGCUCAUGGAGUACGUCUCUCUGGCUAAAACCAGACUGGCUGACCUCAAGGAGUCGGUGGAGGAGAUGGGUUUAUAUGAGGAUGUUUCUGGUGCUUCGGUGGAGCCUCGGUGCCAGGCUGCACAGGAUGUGGAGAAGGCCGUGUCUCUGUUCGACAGCACCGGCAGGAUCUCUGCCACAGUCAUGGAGGCCAGUAUUUUCAGGAGGCCGUACUUUUUGACACGAUUUCUUCCCGCUCUGUUAAAGCCAAGACUGCUUCCAGUGAAGCCUGAUGCUCUGAUGAGCUUUAUAGAUGCUCUGAAAAAAGCAGACAAGAUCCCUCCCGCACAAUAUUCAUCGUAUGUGGAGUCCUGCCAGAAAGAAAGGCAUCAAAACAAGAGCACAGCGUGUCUGAACACCAGCGAUGAUGUUCUGGACGUCCUGAAGGUUCAGCUGCAGGAGUUCACAGAGCUGCUCAUUGGUGGAAGUGAUGGAGAGAUGUCAGCCCAACUGUCCAGGAUCUCACACACUCUGAGCGUUGUCUUCACUGGUAGUCCUUAUGAGCCGACUGGACAAAAAGUCGUCACACUUUACACAGAGUCUCCCGUGCUGCCCGAGCUUCAUGUAAAAGUCGUCAGUAUGAUUCUGCAAAACUUCUGUCAAUGCCAGUUAAACGCUUCCCGUGCAAAUCCUCCUAACAAACAAAGUUUCUGGGCCUCCAGUUUAGUCAGUGUUCUGCUUGUUAACACACAACUCUUCUCAAGCCUGCUGCAUAGACUUUGGGACCUAUUUCAUAAACAGGGGCCGUCACUGACGGCUGCACAUGUGCUGGGUUUGGCAGUGUUUGUGGUCCACCUUCACGCCUCCUCGUCACACAGCACUUUGGUUCAGCUGGCGCCGCCUGUUCAUCCUCAACCAGUACCUUUUGCAGAAGCUCUCGGCCCUGCACUGUUGUGUAACACACGCACUAACAUGCUGUUUUCUGUCAGGAUUUGCUUGGCAGCUGUGUGUUAUGGGAUUUGUAAAGGAGACCCUUUAUCUCAGCAGCAAUACGUCCCCAGCAGUCUUUAUAAAAAGCUCCUUUAUCUCGUUCCAAGACUGUUGCCUGAAGCCAGAAGAACUUCGGCUAAUUCUUGUGCAGAAGAAAACGAGGAGGAGAGCUCAGUCAACCUAUGGAGCAGCAUCACGGACAGUAAUAACACUUGGAGGAAGACUGCCCUGCGUCUGUGGAGCCACACUGCCUUUCAGCAGCUACAGCAACAGUCUCAGUAUCGGCUGUGUUUCUUAGAAUGGCUGAAAAAUGAGCUCAGAGUACAAAGAAGUGAAGACGUCCUGUCUGACACACAACGUCAAGAGUAUCAGCAGUGGGCCUGUUUGGAGCUUUACUUCACUCGUCCUGAGGAGGAAGGAGGCUGUGAAGGAGACAUGAAGAAACUCUGCUCUUCUCUGCUCAGUGCCAUCAUGGACCAGCAGUUAAGUGACCCGAGCUCAGAAAAUCCAAGUUCUCAGGCUCAUGUAUCAGGAACAGGAACCUGUUUGCCAGAUGUUCUGUCCAGACUACAGGAGCUUGUAUAUGAAAUGGAAAUAACCAACCUCUCGGGCACCUGUGGACACAGAUCUGAUCUGUGUGACUUCCUGUUUGAGGCGGUGUCUCAGAGAUGCUCCCCCGCCGUGACUUCGGCUUCUCUCAGCGUCAGCAUCGAGCUCGCCCUGCAGCAGACUGUACACGCAUGGAGCAGAGUGCUGCUGGCUCUCCCCGCUGUGCUGUUCAUUAGAACAAAGACUGAAGGAGGAAGUACGACUUUGGUCUGCGACAAAUUGAUAGAUCAUGUCAAUCAGCAUCAGAGGAAAGUGUGUUUUCCAGCCGGCGUGCUGCCCUGCCACCUAACAGGGCACUUUCUGAAAGGUUUGUUAUGUGCCAGUGUUCAGUGUGGACGUCCAGCAGAAGAAUUCAACAAAGCCUGGUCUCAGAUGAGCACCCGAUGUCCCCUGCUGGUGGUCUCCACAGUGCGCUGGUGGCAGCAGCUGUCGUCUGCUCUCUUUUCAUUGUGGAGUCGUCUGCGUGGUGGAGAGUCUCCUCCAGGUCAGCUGCAGCUCCUCACAGACUGUCGACUGUGGGCCUGCAGUCUGGAGGAAGGUCAAGUGAUCCAGACGCCCUCAGCUGCAGCUCUCCUGUUGGCUGCCAGCCUUCAUCGGUCCUGGCAAGGCUCUAAAGGAAACAAUUUGAGCUUCAGUGCUGCUCUGAAUUCACUACGACCAGACAGAGAUGCAAAGCACAAGCAGGUGCUUGUUUUUCUGCUCUUCCUGUGCAUGAAGGACUACCUGUCAGCCCUCAUGUAUCCUCAGGAGAAGGGUCGAGAAAAAGCUGAAUAUUUCUGCACAGAGCUCCUGAACGUGUUGGUGAACUCUGCUGAUUGGCUGCUCAUCUUCAAAUCAAACGACCAAAGUCUUUAUCAGUCAGCAACCCUGCUGACAUCAGAUGAGUGCUCACGACUGAUGCCCUGGGCUUUCUGCAGCUUGCUGCCGGAGCAAAGAGCUGAGCUGCUUCAGAGGGCAGUCUGUUGUCCUGGGUUCCUCCAUACUACCAUCAGCUGCUACAUCGCUGUGCUGCAGCUGUUCCUGGACGGAGACACGCCUACACCGACCGCAGGGCUCUCUAAAAAACAGCUGGAGCCCUCCCAGAUCCUAAACCACACCAAGCAGUUUAUUUUAAACUUGAUCUCUAAAUCGUCCCCAACUGACCUGUCCUCUGGCCAGCUUAGACAGCUGGAGUUGCAAUGUGUCGACCUGGACCCGGAGUUGGCUGCAGUUCUCUCAGUGCACCUGGACCCUCACAGUCUCAGUCCUGAGAUGGACUUCCUCUGACUGAUGCUAACAAACUGAAACAUCCGUUCUAAUGUCUUGAAU